CCACCAUCUUCAGCUUUGAUUUUUUUAUUCAUACUUGUCACAAAUAAAUCUGAAUCUCUAUCUCUCUUCUUACCUACUUACUUCUCCUUUAAAAAAUUCAAUCAUCAACACCCAUCUUUCAAUCGACCUUCUUCUUUAUGUUUCUUCGCUCACUUUUUCUUAUCCUUUUUUGUUCACACAGAACACAAUAUAUCACACAGAUUCACCUUCUCUUUUCCUUGCAUGACACCACAACUAAUAUAUUUUCUCUUGAGUACAAACUACGACCUUGGUCUCAACCAAUCACAAUCACACAGAUUUUCUCUACUUGAAUCAAUAAUCGCUGAACCACACAGGUUCUUAUCUACUCUGACGCCUUCUAUCACACAGAUUCUUUUCGAUCACACAGAUCCAUCGGUUCUUUCUCUAAACCACACUAUAGGGUUUUCUUCUCUUGAUCACAAAGAUCUCCUUCUCACGCCUGCGACACACAGAGCAGGUAUGUUUGAUCACACAGAUCGUUUUCUUCCUUUUGUUCACGUAGAACCAUUCUUCUCUUCUUGUUCACCCCUGACCUCUUCUUACGGCUCACACAGAACCCUUCUUCGAUCACUAAGAUCGUCUUCGUCUCCGCGCGGUUCACUAAGAACUUCUCCUCGUCUUCUCCUGGCUCACUAAGAACCAUAUUUUGUUCACUAAGAACCUCUCCUUUUCUUCUUUCUGUCGACGGUAAUCACCGCCACAAAACCUGCUGCUCUCUUGCUUUUUUUUUUUCGAACUUCCACAACCGCUUGUGGACUUCACUCAUCUACGCUAACACCACUGUUCUCUAGUUCUGUCUUGUUCUCUCUAUCUUCUCACCCCCCGCAGUUUAGAGGGACUGCUCCCCUCUCCCCGGAAGGACGACUCUCAAAACGGCUCCACCGUCUUCACCCGAAAGACACUCUCAAACCCGCACUCUCAAAACGCCCCUCGUUUCGACCUCGCUCUGAUACCAAAUGUUGGAAAUCAGGCCCCACAAACACACAAGAAACUCACGAACAAGAAGAUUGUUUUACUGCUUAUAACUUUCUUAUUAAAUUAGAAUUGAGAGUACAUCAAAUAAACUAAUACUAUCCCCUAUUUAUAAUAAUAAACAACUAGAAUAUGCUAAUUAAAUCCCAUAAGAUCAGCCACCACUAACUUCAUAUUCACACGUUCAACCCCUUCUUUUGCGGUCAACCAAGACCAAUUCUUCAACAACCUUCUGACCCAUUCAUGCAAAACCCGGUUUCGACCCGUAACCCAUCAAGAUUAUCCAACACUUAAUAGGCUUUUAAUGGUUUACGCCUCUUACUGGUUCAACACUUAGUGGUUUAGACUGGCUGUUUCGCGAGCAGAUAUUUGAAUGGUUCAUACAUUUGCCUCUGAAUGGUUACACAUUAUAUUGAGUCUGAAUGGUUAAGACCUCUUAUCUAUCUGAAUUGCUCAGCCAUUUUCAUCUGAAUGGUUAAACAUUAUACUGGUUCUUAAUGAUUUAGACCUCUUACUCUUACUGGUUUAGCACUUUAUGAUUCAGACCUGUUAAUGGUUCAGCACUUACCUAUUUAGAAGUUGUCAAACAACCCCUUAAUUACAUUGAUCUUAAAAUGCUUCAGCACCUUAACUUGAAUUAUUGCGCAAACCUCACGUCUCUCCCAUGUCUCCCAAGUACGUUAAAGGAGUUGAAUAUAAGUUGGUGUACAUCACUGGAGAGAAUAACAUUCCAAUCAGCUCGGUUCACACUAGAGAAGUUUGAUUAUGAAGGUUGUUUCAAACUGUGUGAGAUCGAAGGCCUUUUUAAGUUAGUAUCCAUAGCAAAACUUGAUGAAGCAGAACUGGGACAUAUGCAAUGGAUUAAAGUGUAUCAAGAUCAUAAGGUGGACCUGGUUGGUGAUGUGAUUACAGAAGGCAGAACCUUUAAUGUCCAGAUGUUAUAUGAAUAUGGUAUAAGAAGCACCUAUUUGCAAGGCAUAAAGGAUCAACGCAUGUUGAAACAUGAGUAUACAUCAUCAUCCAGAUUCUUAUCCUUUCGUGUUCCUUUGCAUCCAAAGAAGAAUAGGAUCCAAGGAUUGGAUGUAACGUUCUUAUACAGAUCACCAAGUGAGGAGGAUAGAGAUAUGAUGCCUCCUCUUGCCAAAAUCAGUAACAACAGCAAGGGAAUUACUUGGGUAUACAACCCUGUUGUGUUUUGUGAACCCGGAGUUGAUGAAGAUGUUGUGUGGUUAAGUUAUUGGCCAAUCGGAGACAUAUUAGACGUUGGUGAUGAAGUUCAUGUGAAUAUAUUUUUGGAUAAAAAAGUGUUGAUAGUAAGCGAGUGUGGUGCGAGCCUUGUGUAUACGGAUGAUGGUAAAGUAGAGGACGGAGAAAAGUGUGAACAGAUUAAAGGGAAAGAAGUGAUUGGAGGAGAUCUAUCUGAAUUAGAGGUCACCAAAGGAGGCUACUAUCUUUGCCGCAUUAAUUUCUUCCUGUCAAGGACCCGUGAUGUGUUGAAAAGGUUGUUUGGUGAUAACAGUCUAUAUACAGAUUCACAAAGAUGGAGACCAUCUUCUCAACCAGUAACAGCAGUGUAUGAGGAGGUGAAUUCUUUUCGGAAUUACAAGCGCUAUGUCAAUGGUUUCGGUCGUGGAAACAACCUCUUGCAGAAAUGCAGGAAAAUUGAAGUUGAGUUGGGAGUAAACUUUAAUAGUGAAAGUGAAACUGACAAGAUAGAGAAGGCGGUAUCGAGUCUUGUGGGUAUUGAAUCUGUUUCCACCCACAAAGAAAUAGGAAGACUAUUUGUUGUCGGGCCUAUUGAUCUUCAACAGUGUCAGCGGAAUCAGUCAACCCGAGCCUAUUGCCAUGACUUACCAUCCCCCAUUUUCACAUCUCUUGACCCAGGCCCGCCGUUUGCCUGUUCCUCGUAAGCAGGGGUGAGUGGAAAUGGAAGUGCUAUGUGUUAAUGGAUUCCCACAUGACGAUAUUAUUAGAGCUAGUGGGAUCGUCCCGUAAAUCUUUGUGAGACUGACCCGACAAGCUCCAACCAUGGGUCCAUCAAAACCAUGAUUCCUAAACCAAAACAACUUUUCUGGUACUUACCAAAUUUUCAUGCAUCUAUGAUAAGACUCUACCAUGUCAGCUAUCAUCUGGGUCUAACGGUCCCGAUUCAAUUACCUUGACCCAGUCAAUCAAGAGAAAUUAUAGGGUUGAAUUAGUGUGGGUUGAAUGCUAUUGGAGUCAAAGUCCAGAGGAGAGUUAAAGGGCUGAAUUUAGCGGCUGAGUUUAGAAUUAGUAACUUCUCUAUUUUUUAACUUAAGUAUUCUAUUUCUAUUCUUUUUUCCUAUGCCUUGUUAAAUUAGUAACUUCUCUAUUUUUUUACUUAAGUAUGCCUUGUUUUAGAAUUAGUA